CUGUUUCGAUAUCUGUUGCUGUUUUGAGCAAGCAAUCGUCUUGUAGUGAAAGCUUUAAUGGUGAAACAACUCGCUCGUGGAAACGCGUGUUUUCAUUGAACAGGAUUGAGGUAUAGGAAACGAGCUGAGUGGGAAGUAAAUAUUUUGCAUAAUCGUAUUUCUCUUAAAAAGACUGAAAUCCGAGUACUCAGAAUACCUUUUGAAGGAACACUCGCUUUGAGGGCAUUGUAGAUAGAAGCCAGCCAUGGUUUGCCCAGGCCGAGUUUCUUGCAAAGUCAUACACGACGUAAUUUCACCAUUGCACGAACCAAUUCCGGAUUGAAUGCAGUACAUUUUCUGCUUGUAAUAUGAUAUGCUGCGAUUUGCAACCCAUCGUAAGUUUGAGCUUGUGGAAGGCUGCGGUAAUCAACGCUCAUGUUAUUUAUACCUCUAAUAACUUGCAAUAUCUAUGCUAAUGGUGAAACCCAAUUAUGCUACAGAAUAGCUUUUAAUACAAAAAUAUGCUCCCAUUUUGGUUUUCACUUCAGCAUAAGUAUAACUUUCGGUGAAUGUUACCAAAACUGUUGGGGUGGCCCUACCGCAAGUAUCCGUUUUCGAAGGGAUAGCCACUGUUUGGUGUCCCUACCGAAAGCAUCCGUUUCCGAAGGGAUAGCCAAACGUCACUUUGACAUACCGCUAGCUGUCAAAACAAGUGAAGAACGGAAAAAAAUUAACCACACUACGGGCUAUUUGCUUUCACCGUAUUCACAACUACGGACUUUUGGAAUGGCGCUUUCGAUCAAAACGUGCGGCAGAAAUAGUUUGCGUGCGAUUGUAGCCAUCCCCGCCGGUAGGCUUUCCUAGUGGUACGGCGCCAGAACAGCGGACUUUCGGUGUGUCCGCCUAGGACGAAGUGUGCGAGUUCGCAGAAAGCCCCCCCUCCCAUUUCUCCCACACACGCACACACGCACGUGCGUGCCACAAUCACACACCAACAGAAGUCACUGCACUGCUCCUCACCUGUACGCGCGUGUGAAACUAAAAGUGAAUUGAACGUGAACUUGGUUGUGUGUACCGGACGGACACAGAAAAAGGACACCUUCCCAGCCAGAGCAGCAGCAAUGUUAUCCUCGUACCUCGCCGCACCGUUUACCGUCCAAUAGCGGCUACUGCUGCUGGUGUGUGUAUGUGUGUGUUGUUGCCUUAUCCUGUCCAGGAUCCGGCUUCAUUAUCCGUCGCGCAAACUGAGGAAUUGGCGUCAACGCAACGAUAACUUCCUGAUUGCCGGACGCAACUCGCUGUUAGCGGUGUUUACUUACGAGUGCUUUCCGACCAAUCUUCCUCCGGCAUACUGACACACGCGACGCAACGACCGGGCCAGUUCCAGCCGGCUUGUCACACAAACGAUGAGCCAGGCUGGUUUUAUUUAUAACGCAUGUAACAAUAUCAUUCGGAACGGUAACAUGAACGAGCUAGACCUGAGCGUAAUCGCCUCCACCAUCGCCAGUACGGACAAGCUGGUCCGGCAGAACAAGCAGCAGAAGGAGGAGAUCGAUCUGCUGCGGGAAAAGAUCGCGUCUCUGAACGAUUCGGCCCUGCAGAUAAAGACGCUGUACGAGCAGGCGGAAGCGAAAGCGGCACGGGCCAAGGAAGAGCUUGCCACCUGCGCGAGCAAAUGUAGCCAGCUGGAAGAAGAGUGCCGGGAAGCGGAGAGUGACAAGAUCAAUGCCAACCUGAUACUCCAGGAACGGUUGGCGGAAAACGAGCGGCAGCAUGAGAAAACGGUGCAACGGUAUCAAUCGCUCAUUACCGACCUGACACACUACCUUUCCACGCCGGGACCGGAUCCGGUCGACUGUGGCAAGAAGCGUGAUCUAAAGCAUCUGCUAUCAGUGCUGGAUGCGCUGAACCUUCCGGCUGAUGUGAAAGCGUUUUUCCAGCAGGCGCCGCUUUAUCGCAGCAAGCGAAGGAAAGAGCGCACCAAGUCGGCUGUGUUGCAGGACCAGGGGUGCCAAACGUCGGAGGUGGAGCUGCGAAACCAUCCGCCCUUACCGGCAAAGCCGACCGUAAGGGACAGUGGAACGGAUGCGAUGCCGGAAGCAGUGGUGCAGCAGGCACCGCCGCCACCGCCUCCUAAAACGUUCUGCGAUAAAGCCACCAUGCCCAGCAUGUCAACGAUCACCAGGGCAACGUGCACAUCCGCGUUUAUCAAGCGCGUGGAUGUUGGGGUAAACUUUCCCGAGGAAUUGCCCAAAUCCGUGCAGGACAUUCUGCGCGAAUGUGCCCGCCAUCCGCCAAUGCUUCUAUCGCCCAUCACCGGUAGUGUGCCACUGUACGCGUCCGCUUGCACGCAGACGGACCAACCCGUUCCGGAAAAGCCGGAACUUGUCACCAGCAGCACGAUGACGAAUUUGAAAAACAUUCGCAAACGCAUCAAUUACCGCAAGGUGGAGCAGCAGCAGCAGCAGCAGCAGCAGCAGCAGCAGCAGCAGCAAACAGCAUCCAUGGCAGAGCAACUGGUCGGGAAGAUCAAGCGGGAAGAUGUCGCUGCUGCUGCUGCUUCUUCCGCUAGUUUCGCGUUUGUUGAAUCGCACGAUACUUUCGGCAGCACCAGUAUGCGUUCAAGCUUUACCAUCAUCUGGCGGUUGCUGGGCGAACUCGUGUUUGCGCUCGUAAGCAAUAGCCGACGGUUUGACAGUCAGUGCUGCAGCAUGCUCAACCAACAAAUCACCAACAUUCGCGAAAUGCUCGAAGCGGACGGGCGUCGCGAGUCGGAACUGAUGAGCACCUUUUUUUCCAACGUACGGGCCACGGUUGAAGCUGCGACGGGAUAUGGGGUGAAAGAGCGGGGGACGACACCACCGGUUGUGCAGACGAAACGUGGGCCAGCUUCGGUGCCGGACGAGUGUGACGAUGCGAUGAUGGAGGUGGAGAAGGAGAUUGAGACGGUGUGUGCUGCACCAGCGACCAAAGAGAUAAGCAAUAGUGGUGAUGAACCGGGAGCCGCCCAGCUGGAGCCGGAUUCCUUUUCUCCGGGGUGGCAAAUUAUUGCUUCAAACGUAAGCAGCGGCUCGAAAGACGUUGCGUUAGCUCAAAGCGAAGACACCAAUGGUACCGAAACGGUAUCGAAGGCCGAUGGCAACGAGACAGAACAGACUGGCACCAUCUCACCUGUAAAAUCAUCAGCUUAUGCACCUGUGGAGCAGCCUCCCACGGUUCUAGACGCACCAGUCGAUCGGAUAGAGCAGCAGUUGCAAAUGAUGGAGGAAGCCGACCAAGAGCUUCCAACGCGCGUAGAAACAAAUCAUCAAGCCAUCGAAACAGUGGCGACUGUAGCAAAUGUGCCUAAACCGCUAACAUCCGCACCAGAUGAACGGUGUCCACCACCAGCAGCUGGUACUGCACCUUGCAGCUCCACACCACCGCCAGUGCCGUGCGUAUCGAGCUGCUACCCACCCGUAUCAACUACCGCCACAUUCGUAUCCCCGAUCAAGGUAAAGGAAACGAAUCAGCUGGUCAAGGAUCAGUUCAAGACGCCCACUCAACCGCCAAUCGGCAAGCGAAAGCUGCGCGCUCAUCGUCGCACGCCCGACGAACCACCACAACUACCUCACGCCUCGAAACGGAUGCGUUUCGAUGGGCAAUCGAACGGCGGGUUCCUAUCAGAGGCAGAACGGCCCACCUCGCCCACGAUCGAGUGUUCGCACGAAUGGGACGAAUGGGAAGAAAAGUUUUCCUCCAUCAUGGCGCACAUUAAUGGGCCACUGAAGGCCAGCGCUGACAUUAGGCCACUUUCACCGAUUAACGAUCCGUGGGCUGAAGCGGAGACGCCCGGUACAGCCGAUUCUAGCGCCACCGAGCCGCCAACAGAUGGGACGGUUUGUGAGGAAAGCGCACCAUCACAGAUGGACGAGACGAAAUUGGCUGAAGCGUCUAAAAGCGAGGAUAAUUCGCCGGGGCAUAGUUUACCGCUUGAGAGGAGAUUAUCCGGAGCAGACAGCAUCGGCGAGCAGGAAAGUCCUGUGCUUCCACCGGGUGUCGAAUCGGUCGUUGAAACUCGGGCACCAUCCGAUAAGGAUGAGUGUCCAGCGGAACAGUCUGCUACAGUCUUGCCAACGGCGCUCGAGGACGGAGAGAUCGGCGAAGAGCUGAAUCAAAGUUUCUCCAGCAUGGGCGAGCUGGUGAUCGAUAUCGAUCCUGUCCCGAACGAUGGCAAAGAAUCGACCACCGAGUGGGAUUCGCCAAUGUCACCACCGGCCCACGAAACCGGCUGUCUAUCGGUUGUGGCACCGUCAUCACCUACCCGUCCCAUCGCUUGCCCUACGGACUCUCCGCUUUCGCCACCGCUGGCUAGUGAUCGUGGCACAUCGGCCACCGUAGUACCGCCGCCACAGCGAAUACCACUGUUCCACGUCGCGCUCCAUUCACAUCUCCGCCAACAGGUUCAGGACCGCAAGGAACCAAUCUUCACCUUUAUUGAGCUGCACAAAGCCAAGGGCGGACAAGAAUCGACCCACCAGCGGCAUACGGGCCGGUUCAACGCACAGGACAAGCAAAAGCUGCAACAAUUGUCCGACAUUCUGACGCGGUAUCUGCAGUGUCCCGAUUGGACGGAGCAGGUCGUAAACGAAACGAUAACGGCUGUGCUGAACUGCACCCAGGACGUUCACCUGAUGUCCGCGGCCCUGCUCGAGCUGGUCGUAUCCUGUGGCGAUAUCAUGGUGAAUGUUCUCUGUUCCCCGCCGGCACCACCGUUGCCGCUAGUGCAGCAAAAGCUUAUCCUUAUCGUACGCCACCUAGGGUACGGGCUGGAGGCGCUCGAGCAAGUCCUGUUGCGUGACCUCGACCGGCGGAUGUUCCAGCUUAAGGGUGAUCCACUGCCACUGACCGGUCUGAUUGCGCUCACCUUCCUGUACAUUGGGCUCGAGGACAGCAAACCUUCCGAAACGCCCUGGAAGCGCGAGUACAGCGUGCGGUUGUACAUGUUCAAGUGUUUGUACUACUUCGGCUACAAGGGCUUGCCGCUGGUGUACUAUCUGCUGCGCGCGUUCCCAUUUGCCCUGCCGAAGAAGGGUAGCGCACACUACGACAAUUCGGACGCGAUGAUCGCCACGCUGCGCACGAUCCUGAUGAACGUGAACUAUGCGGAGAACAUUCCCAGCUCGCCUGAAUCGGCGCUGUUCCGGAAGCGUGAACUGCUCUGGCUGUUGCGGAACACUUACGGGUAUCAGCAGGGUAGUCCCACGUACGACGAGCUGGUGGUAAAUCUGGUCGAAAAGAUCCGUGCCAACAAGCUGCGCAAUGUGGCCCACGCGCUCAUACUGGUCGCCAAACGGAACGGGUUCGAUUGGGCCCGGUUGCACAUCAUCCAGAAGCGCAUCUAUCCGCUGCUGAACGACUACCUCAAGCAGUUUGAGCUGCUGCGGGCGACAGGUGCCGGUUCGUCGAUGGUCGGUGCGCGCGAUGCAGCAACAGGUGGCGGCGUCGGCGGCGAUCGCACCCUGGAUGAGCGGAUCGUUGCGUGCAUCUUUACGAUUGCAUCGAUCAUGAAAACGCAACCAUCGAACGAGGAUGCGUCGCGCGUGAUGCAGAUCUUCACCACGAUCGUGCAGCUGGCGGAAGGGAACCGCGCGAUACAGGAGGAAGCGAUUGCGGGGCUGAUCAAGUUCAGCCGGUUCGGGUUCGUGGACAUUUUCCAGCGGCUGAGCAGCUGGAACCCGGACUAUCCGAUCAGCGAUCGGAUCAAGCUGAUGCUAACGACGAUGGUGCAUCGCAAACCGCCCCACUUUUGGAAACAGUUGCUACAAAAUCGAAUCGUGUGAAGAGACCGAGCCAGGGACCUGCCAGCGGCACCAGUUCGAUCGGGCUAAGGUCAAAAAGGAAUCUUAGUCCGCGGGAUGCAAACUGUUGCUUGCCCGUAGUCUGUAACCGCAACCUUCAAUUCACGCUACUCUCGAAGAGCGGAUAACGCGAAUGUUCUUUUGGCUUUUUACUUUUCUGUGAUGAGGGUCCACAAAGAAAUAGUUGCCGUUUUAAUUUCGGUUUUUUUUUUAACUCAAUCAAUCCCUCUCUGUGUACAGGCUUUUUCUUCUCCUUUUCAUUGUAUGUGUGUGUGUGUUAUAGUAACACUAUACACAUUUUACGCGAGAGUGUGCUGCUUUGAUCAGGAUUGUGCAAAGCAAUUAAUAAGCAAGGUACAUAAUUAAACUAAAUUAUAAUUAGUUUUUAUACUUGAACGUGGUAGCAAAAAAUAAUAAUAAAAGAAAUUGUAUUUGUUGCGUAUUGUAUUUAUAAA